CUCUGAGAAAAAAAAGGGCUUCUUCUUAUACAAACAAUAUGAGACAAUUAAAGCACCAUGAACAAAAACUGUUAAAAAAAGUGGACUUUCUUCAAUGGAAGAAAGACGACACACUUCGUGAAAUAAAAGUGAUUCGUAAAUACUUUUUGCAGCAGAGAGAAGAUUAUCACAAAUACAACAAGUUAGUUGGAAAUAUUAUAUCUUUAGCAAACAAGAUCUCUUUGUUAGAUCCUCGAGAUCCUUUCAGAACACAACAGGAAAAGGCUUUAUUGGAGAAAUUGUACAACAUGGGCAUUGUGAAUGCAACCACCAAAUUUUCAGAUUGCCGUAAAGUGACAGUAUCCGCAUUCUGUCGUAGACGUCUGCCGAUUGUUAUGUGUAGAUUAAAAAUGGCUGAAACUGUAAGAGAAGCAGUGACAUUUGUUGAACAAGGUCAUGUUCGUGUUGGGCCUCAAACAAUUACAGAUCCUGCAUUCUUGGUUACUAGAACAAUGGAAGAUUAUGUUACAUGGGUAGAUACAUCAAAGAUAAAGAGAAAGAUUAUGAAAUACAACGACAAGCUGGACGACUACGAUCUUUUAUAAAUUUUAAAGCAUAUCCCAUUCAUACAUACGACUAAUAAAAUGUAUCAUCAUUUACACGCAUUAUUGCUAUAUCAAUGGAAUAUCUAUAUAAGCGCUUCGGAUUUCAUAUUAUCCUCGUUACCAUCAAAUAGAUACACAACGUGUCUUAUUUUAUUCUUCUAAAUUGUACAGACUAUUUGAAAAAACUUCAUUAAGUUGAAUAUGCCAAUUUCGUUUUUGCAAGCUUGUAAAAGUCAUUAGGGAAAGCAGCGUUGGACAACAUUUAUGUAAUGGUAUUGACAUCUUUGCGCGUAUUUAUUACCUUAUUACAGGCGUCUG